AUGCGUUCGCGGCUAGCACAGAGGGGUCCUCGGACACCGAGACGGAGAGCAUGCGACUCCUGUUACAAGAAGAAGAUCCAAUGUGAUGCAGAGUUUCCCCAGUGCAAUUGGUGCAAGCACCAUAAUCUCGCCUGUACCUAUAAUAGAAUUUGGGGCCAGACAGGCAAUUCUCAACUAAUUCUUCUGGUUAGUAAUCAGGUGACUCUAACGCCUAAAGAGGGUGCGCAAUGUCUCCUUGGAGACCCAUUAUGUAUCCCCAGUGGCGGAUGUGCGCUUCCAGGUCCGCCCCGAGCGGCUGAUCGGACAUGGCAUUUGAGACCAGGAAAUACAUUCCUGAACAACGUCACCUAUCUUGGAGGGCACCACGUAUUCUCUGAUGAAGGCCGGAAAUGGAUUGAGUCUCAGGUCGGAGAAACUAUUAACUUCGACAAGUUGUCCUCUCUCGAACUUCAGUGGUUGAAACCGCUUCGUUUGUAUGCGGACACCACAGUACCUCCUGCUUUACGUCCGAAUCUUCCUAGUAGACCAGAAGUCGAAAGAUACAUUCUGGUCUAUAGCUCAUCCUUUCAGUGUCUAGUUUUCCCCGUGAUUAGCAGGUCAUUUUUCGAGAAGACACUGGACCUCGCUUACAGUCCCGUCCAGCCCUCAGGUUCAGCCAGCGCCAAAUCCUGCGUGUAUUCAUUUCUCUCUCUAAUAUCCUUGUUUGGUUUUGAUGACAACAUACACGGCGCCACGGACUGCCAAUCGUAUGCAUCGGCGGCGCAGAGCCUUUUGACACCGGUGGUUGAGGAGAUGACAGUCGAUGGACUCCAGUCAUUGAUCAUGCUGGUGCAACUCCAUUAUUUUCUAGGUGACCUCCAGUCGGCAGCUGUGACUUUGUCAAUGGCCACUCGUCUUCUGUAUGCACUGGGGGCUCACAUAUUACCUACCAAUAGGAGUUCAGCUGCGUCCUUACUCGCAUACGACAAAAGCGAGCUGGGAUGCCAUCUGCGAGACCUCUUCUGGCUGUGUUAUUCAUUCGACAAAGAUAUAUGUCUACGGACGGGCCAACCACCGUGUAUGAAUGAUGCACAUUGCGAUCUUACUCUGCCUUCAGAUUAUGUGUGGCUACAGGAUAUCAAUCUACAGCAAACCAUUCCACAGAUAAACAAUCAUACUAAUCCCCUUUUUCCUUGGGAUCUCCGUCUCUCGAUGCUGAAGUCAAGGAUAUACAAUGAGCUCUACUCCGCUAGUUCCCUUCAUCAGUCCGUAUCCGAGUUGCUGUCGAGCAUUCGAGGCCUCGACGAGGCAUUAGAGCAAUGGAGGCUAUCGCUACCCGGGGAGUUUCGACCGACGCUAUACUUUUCCGGGGAGACGCCUGUUAGCGCCAACGUGAAUACGCAGGCGGUAAUGUUGCGACUCGCAUACUAUUAUUGCAUAACCACCAUCCAUCAAGCAACCAGCAGACGCCAAGUCUCCGAAACUGAUCUUGCAGGGCCGAGACUCAAGGAGAUCGGUUCAAGUACAAGUCUCUCUAUCGCCGCGAGUCGUUCAACACUGUCUUAUCUUCAUAGAGUGUUGCCUGUGGUGAAAGGGGAAUGCUUUUGGAUCAUUCUCUUUUACGCCAUAACUGCGGUGUUGACUCUCUUCUGCAAUAUCAUCUCUAAUCCCCACGAUACUGAAGCCAAUCAUAAUGUGAACUUGCUGCAAAUGGUUCCCGGCUUAAUCCGCAGGAUCCCUAUCCGGAAGUUAACCCUCGGCGAAGUCAUCCACCUACAAUAUCUCGACGGCUUUACUGCCGAACUGGCGGCCAUUUGUGUGCGUGCUGUAUCCAAGUCACAGCAGAGCGCAACCGACCCGGACCCGUAG